AUGUCUACCUUCCAAUAUCCUCAAAAGCUUGUUGUUCUACUAAUUGCUAUAUGUAUGACACAACCUUCUUUCAUUCAGCCAAAGACAGUUGAAUGUAUAAACGCAUAUAGUCCUCAAUCGCCUCCAACAGAGUCGGCUUGCAACGACAAGGAUAACGCGCGAUGGAAUUGCACAACGAUCAGCUGCGGAAGAGACGGUCAUCAAUGGGUACGAAUGGAUGGCUGCACAUUCCGAGAUAUCCCUGGCGUGAGUAGUCAACAAUGUGCGAGUUACGAUCUUGGAGGUCCUGGUCACUACGGAUGCACGAACUCGGGGGGUAAUCACUAUGACUGCCCUUAUAAUUCCACAAAUGUCCCCUACAUCACAUGUACAAAUUGCACCGUGCCAAUCGAUAGUGGUAUUGGUGGUAGUAACCAGGGUCCGAUAUCCACUCCAUAG